CAAGUACUGGGGCCUCUUCCUCCGGGUCCCAAUCAGUCAGUGACCCCGCCCCCGGACUCUGGCCUCGGGGCCCCUCCUACUUCGGGCCCAGGACUCCAACCUCAGAUCCCUUCCUCCUUCAAGACCAGGGAAUCUGAGCUUCCUCUGCCUUAAAACUCAGGAGGUGUCUGGGACCCUUAAUUCCCUCCUCGCUGGGAACACUCCACCAUGGGACGCCCACCACCUGCCACAGUGUGGACCUGGAUGUUCCUGCUCUUGCUGUUGAAAGCCUGCACAGGACACUGGAGAGCACAGAAGCCCAAGGUGCUAGGGGGCCAAGAGUGCAAGGCCCAUUCACAGCCUUGGCAGACGGCCUUGUUCCAGGGCGUCCAGCUGCUAUGUGGGGGUGUCCUCAUAGAUGACAGCUGGGUCCUCACAGCAGCCCACUGUAAAAAACCGAAUUACACAGUACGCCUGGGAGAUCACAGCCUGCAGAAAAAUGAAGGGACAGAGCAAGAAAAGGCUGUGGGUCAGUCCAUCCCACACCCCUGCUACAACAGCAACGGCAAUGACAACAACCAUGAUCUGAUGCUCAUUCAGCUACGUGACCCUGCGUCCCUAGGGUCCCACGUGAAGCCCAUCAACCUGACAGAGCACUGCCCUCAAGUUGGCCAGAAGUGCACCAUCUCGGGGUGGGGCACUGUUACCAGUCCCCAAGAGAAUUUUCCGGAUACUCUCAACUGUGCAGAAGUAGAAAUAUUUCCCCAGAAGGUGUGUGAGGAUGCCUACCCUCAGAAAGUCUCAGAGGGUAUGAUCUGUGCAGGCGACAGCAAUGGGGCUGACUCAUGCCAGGGCGAUUCUGGAGGCCCCCUGGUGUGUGGUGGCGUUCUCCAGGGUAUCACAUCCUGGGGAUCGGAACCCUGUGGGCAGCCCCAGAGACCUGGCAUCUACACCAACCUCUGCCGCUACCUGGACUGGAUUAAGAAGACGAUAAGCAGCCAGAGCUGAUUCUAGGAUGAG